AUAGCAACCAGACACAUCACGUUACCAUGGUCUCAUGUAAAUAAGAUGGCGGCCUACAGCUGAUUGAAACAAACCUCAGCUGUUUUAGUGACAGCUGAAAAUUUAUCUUAAAUUCUGCUUAGGAAAAUAAAUCAAAUGCAUAUGAAAUUACAUAAUGUACUCCCAUCAGGUCCAUGCGUUUACCGGCGCCUAUGAUUUAUCACGACUUGGACGAUCUUUAACAAGGAUACCAAUCAUUGAAAGGACUUCACCAAUUUCACUUUCGACUUCUCGUUCUAAAUCGCCAUCCGCAUUGAGGCAUGCACAGUCCACUGGUGUACCAGAUAUGAGCAUAACCUUUAAAGAAGUAUACAAGGAAUAUGUGUAUGAUUUAAAAGAUCAACGUAAAGAGAAUACUUUUCACCGGGGACACACCCAUGUUCCUAAAACGCAAAAUGAACGCAUUUCUGACACUUUUUCAGUUGGUGAAAAACUGCUUAACUCAUCUGACAACACAAGGCCAAAGUCACGAGCAAAGACAACUCUGACUUUUGGCGAUCUGCAGAGAACACUGCUAGAGGAUGGUUCAUCCCUUUACUCAAGUUCAGAUGCCGGGCACAAAAAUAAUUCCGAAUUUGAAACAAGCGAUGCAGGGAACUCUGCAUCAAUACCAUACAAGAAAGAUAAAAAAUCUAGGAAACGGUCUAAUUCUGUGAUGAAGAAAAAGAAAAGCAAACAUGGAAGAGUGGUGUCUGUCUCUACCGGAAUUCAAGCCCAUUAUGAUCGACAAUCAUCUGUCCCAGCCAUAAACCGACCAGCAAACAACCCUGUGAAACCCAGUAGAGUAGCUAGUGAACCUCCCAGUAAGGGUUCUCACAUGUCAGUGGUAUCUGAGGCAAUGCAAGGUAUUGGCAGCACCAAACAACACACUGCACAGUCCAUCGUUACAGUGGACACCAUCAGUAUGCCUGUGCACCCCAUGUAUCCAUCUCGCCCAUCAAAAAGUGCUAAUUCCCAUUCCGAUUUGCUGUUCACAAACAGUUACUUACAGUCAAAUCAUCUUAACGACCCUGAAUAUUUAGAAAGCAGUUUAACUUUGCAAGCCCAAAUUAAACCAAUUAUUUUAUUUAAAAUGGAAGGCUCAUCUAGGGUAAAAUCAGCUGCUAGCAGAAAAUCCGAAGCGUCCAGCUCUGUUGUCAGUAAGCAAACAUUAGUAGAACACAGUUCACAGCAUAACACAUAUUUCGAACUGGCAGUGAAUGCUGUACCAUGUAGUGUACAGCAACAAACUAACAGAACUAGAUUAAAAUACAAUCAUAAUGAUUCUCAUGAAAUUGGACCAACCGAGCACCAUACGAAAAAUGAAUUAUCCAAAGAAUCCGUUCUAGCCUCUAUCUAUGGGCCUGUCUUUAACACUGCCAAUAAAACUGCUGCCCAGGCAGAUGAGCUCAAGAAAGUAAAAAAGAUCUAUCUGUCAGAGAAGCAGUCCGGUGUGAUAAAAGACAAAGGAAUGGAGUACCCCUGUGCCCCACCCACCACGCCUGCACCAGAUGUUCUUAGACGCCAUGAAUACGUGCCAAGCAUGAGUGAUAUACGAUCCCAGAGAGCUGUUAAAAGCCGUCUUCAGGCUUUGGAGAAAGAUGCAACAAAGAAGCGCGAGAAACAGAAAGAGAGCAAUGUGAAAAAUGAAAAACAGCUCCAGAAAGAUCGUGAAAAACAGCUGAAGAUAAGACAACGUCGUGAGAUUUAUGCACUGAACAAAAUAAUGACGGAAUUGGAGAACAAACGAUUCAUGGAGUUUUGUCAAGCACAAGGGCUUAAUAGAGUAUAGCAUAAGCACAACUUAGAUUUUUUUUUUAAUUUUACAGUAUUAUUAUUGUGUGUGGCCAGACUUUAUUUACUUGUUAUCAUAUAGUAAUUAUAGUUUGAAUCAAAUAGAAAUACAAAUACUCAGUCGUACAGAAAUGAUGUGUGUUAAAUUAAAUCUCCUCUAAAUAUCGAUGUCAAUUGUCAUGACAUUCCAGUAUAAGAAAACCGCUUUCAACUAAUAUUAUCCCCCGCCAAAGGCGGAGAGAUAUAGAAUAGGCAUUGUCAAUCCGUCUGCCUGUCUGUCGCAAAAUUGUUUAGGGCUAUAACUCAGAAAUUAUUUAAGAUAUCAACAUGAAACAACAUUAUAUAAAUACAUAUAAAUGAGGGAAAGUGCCAAGCACAAGUACCAUAAUCGUGCACUUUCUUAAAUAAGAGUUAUUAAGAGUUAUUGCCCUUUGUGUUGUUUUUGUAUGAUAAAACUUGUCAGGGCUAUAUCUCAGAUACAUGUACCAUGCAAGAUUUCAACAUGAAACUCCAUUGGUAUAUUAAUAUUAAUGAGGAGAAGUGCCAUGCUGAAGAACCAUAACCGUUCACUUUCUUAAAUAAUAGUUAGUUUUGUAUGAUGAAACUUUUCAAGGCUAUAUCUCCGAUACGCUACAUGAUUUCAACAUGAAACUUCAAGGUUGUGCAGAUAUCAAUAAGGAGAUUUGCAAUUUAUAAAAACUAUUAUUCUACAAUUAAUUAUUAUCUAUUAAUUAUUACCCAACAAUUAAUGAUUAUACUGUAUAUCCAGGCAUUAGCAUUAGUCCAUAAACAAUGUUUAUUUGGUGCGGUAUAUCAAUUCAACAAAUUUGCUUGUAAAAACUGUCAAUCAUGUGUACAUUACAUAACUUUUUUUUACUUUAUACAUAUUGCUUUUUAAUAAUAGAAAUAAAAGGAACGCACUAUACUUAAUUUAUUACUUUUUUUGAGCACUGUAAUUAAGUGCAAUUGUAUGGGUAUGUAAAGUGUUGUUUCGAAACAAUCGCAACAACUAUUGUAUUCAAAUCUCAAUGCAUUUUAUACCUUUUGCUACCAUUCCAAAAACAUUUUUUUUAUUAAAAUAACCAUAUUUUAUAAAUGUUUGAAAAUGUGAAUGUCUUGUGAGAUUAUGGGAAUAAUAGCAGCACAGUUCAUUUGUGCAAGCCCUCUUACAAUGCAUACUAAUAUAUGAAUUUUGUAAGGGUAAAUUGGGGUUAUAAUUAGAAUUGAGUCUUGGACAUUGUAUAAUGAUUUAUUACAUGAUUGUCAUUAUAUUACAUAUAUACAUUAUUUGUAUUAUAUGCGUGUCAUCUGAGAUACAAAAGUUGUUUUUAUGCCCCCAGAAGGGUGGCAUAUAGCAGUUGAACUGUCAGUCUGUCUGUCUGUCAGUCUGUGCGUCCGUCCGAAAACUUUAACAUUGGCCAUAACUUUUGCAAUAUUGAAGAUAGCAACUUGAUGCUUGCCAUGCAUGUGUAUCUCAUGGAGCUGCACAUUUGAGUGGUGAAAGGUUAAGGUCAUCCUUCAAGGUUAAAGGUAAAAAACAAAAUCCAUGGGAAGUAACAAGCUUUAAAGGGAGAUAAUUUCUAUUUUAUAUUAUUUGACAGGUACAGAUCAUUUUCACAAGGAAAGAAUUAUUUUUUAAAGAGGUAUAAUUAAAAAAAAAAUUAUUUCAAAGCGGCGCAGUAGGGUGCAUUGUGUUUCUCAUAAACACAUCUCUUGUUAGUAAUUAAUAUUUUAGUCUCCAGUGAAACAGAUAUGUAUGAUUUUUUUUCUUACUGUAUUUUGUAAAUCUACUUGUAUUCUUAUCAUGUUUUCGUAUUAUGCAAUUCAAACAGUAAAGGACUUAGAUAUUUUAAACGAAACUUGACAAAAUCAAGUGAAAUAUUAUGGGGCCUUUUGAAAAUCAUUUACUUUUCGUAAAAUAACUACUUUGACGUGGAAGUACCCAUUAUAUUAACAGAAUUGUUUGAAACGAUUUUAUACCUGCGUUUGUGUGUGUGUGUGUGUUUUUAUCUAUGCUUUGUAAUGAUAUAUCUAGUCACUUUUUUUCACAGGUGUUUUCAUGUCUUGCUUCUUGUUCACAUUUUCAAAGCUGCCUCUUAUGUUUUGUAUACUGAGUGUGUGUUAAUAGUAUAUUUCAUAUGAACUACGCUCUGUGCAAAGGGGGUUUAAUGCAUGUGCAGGGUAAAGUGUCAUCCCAGUCAAUAACCUGUGCAGUCCGCACAGGCUAUUCAGGGAAGACACUUUCCGCUUUUAUGAUAGUUUUCGUUUAAAGUCAGUAUUUCUAAGCAAAUAUCCAGUAUAGGCGGAAAGUGUCGUCACUGAUGAGACUGUGCAGACAACACUUUACCCAUUGAAUUGAACACCCUUUUCACAUAAUGCCGCUCAUAUGCAUUUUGAAUUAUGUUUUAAAUAAGUGUUUAAAAACUUGCAAUAUAAGAUACUGUUUAAAUUGAUUCAGCAAACAGUAAAAGAGAUGUUUAUUAACUAGUUUUAAAGCUUGACUAUUCUGCAAGUGUUUCUUUAUUGUUAUUUUAGCUUUAAUCACUUAAAGUAGUCGAUUAGAUUGUUUUAAGAUUUGUAACAUCUUUUUUAGCUAAACAAACCAAGUUUAUCUUGUUUGGUUUUUUUGUAGGCAUUAAUUUUGUAGAAUUCAAAAUGAAAUGUUCAAAUAGCAUAUAAGCUUAUAUUUUAUUGAAUUAUAAAUGGCAGAAAAUAUGCAUGUCAUGUUAAUGCUAUAACACUAUUAUAUAAGCUCAAAUAAGAGUGUGUUAAUGCUAUUGAUUUAUGAUAAAAUCUCAAUGCUUUUAAUCAAUAUUUUAAUGAAUGUACGAAUUCCUGUUUAAUUAACUGGCUCUGCUAUGUAGCACAUCUUCCUUUCUUAGAAUUUGUAUAAGAGUUUUAUUUUUAUUUUAUAGUUAUUUGAGAUAUAAUAUAUAAGUAUUGUCUGUGAUAGUGUUGCUUAGUGAUCAAUUGUGAAUUGAGCUUUUAUAUAUUUGUACUAUUUUAUACAUGUGAUUUUACAGUAAUGUAAUUUAUUUACUGGUACUUGAAUUUACUAUAUGAUGUACUACAGAAAUUGCAAAAGAAUAAAAAACAUGACAUUGUU